UCAUCACUAAAUGCGGCUUCAAAAAAAAAAAACUUGGUUACCUUAGAGAUGGGGGGAUCAAGCAGGUUUUUUUCUCUCUCUCUCACUCUUUAAUGCACACUUUCAGCAGUCACUAAUAACAACAACGACAACAAAAAAAAAUUGUAAAGGGCGCGUUUUCCCAGCCAAAAAAAGAAACUAAUUAGCUUUAUAAAAAAUGUUGUUCUAUUCCUUUUUUAAAACGUUGGUGGACCAACAAGUGACGGUUGAAUUAAAAAACGACUUGGCCAUUACAGGUGUAUUAAAGUCAGUGGAUCAGUUCUUGAAUAUUAAAUUAGAUGACAUUCAAGUGGUUGAUGAAGAAAGAUAUCCUCACAUGGCAUCCGUCAAGAAUUGCUUCAUUCGUGGCUCAGUGGUUCGCUAUGUAAAGUUACCUGUUCACGCUGUCGAUACUGCGCUUUUACAAGACGCUGCUAGAAGAGAGGCUGCUCAACCUUCUACUGCUCAACCCGCCAACGUCAAAGUCAAGUAAAAAAACACACAUACAUAUAUAUAUAUACGAGGGGAGAGAGGGAUUAUGCAAACUUUCCUAUGUAGUAAAAUAGUUAGUAUAUAAUAAAUGAUGUAUAACUAAUUUUUUUUUUAACACACACGUGCCCUUUUUGGGGUGAGAGUUUAUU